AUCAGUUAAAACGACAAUCAUCAUGAUUAAAUCAAUUGUAUUCGUUAUCUUAAUUUUCAACUUAGUUUCUUUAACCAAUUGUGAGGGCAUAAUUUAUUGUGAAUUUGCGAAAGAAUUAGUAGCUGCUGGGACUUAUGAAAAAACGAUAAAAGAAAUUAAAGCUUGUGAGAAGGACAAUUUACCCCAAUAUGUUUACAACACUUUGAAGCAUUGUGAAAAUCUAUUGCCAUUCAAUACAAAUGACGAAGUAAUUAAAGUUUGUUCUGAUAUUGGAGCCUACGAAAAAAAAUUCGAGCAGUACCAAAAAUGUCUUUUGCAAACUAUCAUGGAAAGAGCAGAUGAUGAAUAUGUAUAUGAAGAGAUUAAUACUGAGGCUAAAUAUUGCCUGAGAAACAUCAUAGAACAUCAAGAUUGGGUAGAGCCAUUGGCCACGUUGGGUAAUGAGUAAAUCAUCUAACAAGUAAGUCUUAUCACUGAUGAUAAAGUUUAUCAAUUGAUUUUAGUAGCUAAGUUGCGCGAAUGAUUAAAAACCAUUCGAAAUUCAUCACAACUGUAUUUAAUAAAUUAUGAG